GUAAUAUCCAGAUGGCAACCCGUUACGAAGUUGUUUAUCGACAAAAUAACUGUCUCCGUAUGUUCGAUGCUUGAAUAUUGUCUUUUCACCUUUAUGAGCUGUGACCGAUAUUUACAUCCACAUACGCGCUAUUACGUUCGCGAAAUGCGUAUCCACGCCCUCAGUCAGCAUUUGGAUUCAUACAGCAGCCUCAGUCUGGACAGCAUGGCUGCAUCAUUUGGUGUAACUCCGGCAUUCUUGGACGCAGAACUGUCCCGGUUUAUUGCCAGUGGUCGUCUGGCUUGCAAGAUGGACAAAGUCUCUGGUAUUUUGGAAACUACUCAUUGUGUCUACUGGCUGUUUGUAAGUAGUCAACUAAGAAUCUCCAAAUUAACUUGUAACUAA